AUGCCAUCCAUGCUCCCUCACGCCAAGUUCUGGAGGCGCGAUGGUGAUGCUGCGGCGUUGCCUUCGCCAGCAAGCGUCAUUCCGUUCGCCGGACGCCUUGGUGCCAAUCAAGAAUUCUCACUGGACAAAACCAAUUGCACACAGGCAGAAUUAUUGCAGAAGUUUCCUGAUGCUGCGCCAUGGAUCCCAUGGAAGGAUGCCCUAUCUAUUCGAACCAUUCUGGAGCCAGAAUUAUGGAAGGCCGCUGUUAUAGAAGCAUUUGACCCCAUGUUGACACGUGACGCUAAUGAUGACCUGCGAAGCACGUUUGCGACUGGAGCACUUGUGCCUAGUCUACUCGCCGGAGUUUCAGCGAUCCUUAUCCUUCCGCUGUUCAUCUUCGCUACAGGUCCAGUUUCCGGAGCUCACCUCAAUCCUUGCAUCACCAUCGCUACAUUCUUUGCGCGUCUUACGAGCUUACCGCGAUGUAUUCUAUAUGUCGGGUUCCAGACGUUUGGAGGAGCUAUGGCAGGUUUGCUGCUGAGAGCGAGCUUUGACACGAGAUCUUUCACGGUGCCGGGCUGCAAUAUUGAUCCGACAAAAGUCUCGGCAGGCAGCGCUUUUGCCAUGGAAUUUGUCACAUACUUCGCUUUCAUCUUCCUCUGUUUCGGUGUUGGUCUUGACCCUCGACAGCGCUCUGUAUUUGGGCCAGCUUUGGGUCCUGUCUUUAUAGGCAUUGUUCUAGGAACUUGCACUUUUCUCACGGGCUUUAGUCGUCCGGGAUACUCUGGAUUUUCGGGAAACCCUGCGCGGUGCUUUGCGGCAAUGGUCGGCUCACACUUUGCUCCGUAUCAUUGGGUACAUUGGGUCGCCCCUAUAACUGCCGCUUUCCUCCACGGGGUACUAUACAUGUGCAUCCCACCUUAUUCUCGCGAGAGAUAUUUACAGACAAGCGCCGAAAACUCAUCAUGA